CAAUAACAUAGAACAGGUAAAAACACGUCCUAACUCACUUCCUGGUAGGCCAACAUUUUAGAUAAAAAUGACGUUUUUGAUUUGAGCCAUAUAAACAGUUAGAUCACAUUGUUUAAAGACAAAGAGGUCAUGGCAUCAAGUAAACCUGUACACUGCGGACCAUGUAAACAAGGUAAAGUAAACACUAAAGCUGACAUCUGGUGUUACAACUGUGAUGAAGGACUGUGUUCAAUAUGUUCAAGUCAUCACAAAAGAAUAAAAUCAUCCCGUGAUCACAAGACCAUCGAUAUACAAGCCUAUACAAGCUAUAAACCUCCGACUGCUUCUAUCAAAACAGAAUGUGACACACAUAGGCUACAGUUCAAAUUGUAUUGUCCCUGUCAUUUAAUGCCUUGCUGUGAUGAAUGUAUUUCCAUCAGUCAUUCAAAAUGUUCUGGAAUAACAAGUUUAGCUAGUGUAGUGGAGAAAACAAAGAUUAACAAAUCCAUAGAAUCUGUAGAAAAGGAUAUAAACUCUAUCACACAUUUCUUGGAAAAAUUGGUUAAAAACAAAUCAGGAAACCUAAAAAGAGGGGAGCAACAGUGCGAAACCAUAAAACAAUCAAUUAGUGAAAUUCGAAAUGAAAUCAAUAAACAUUUAGACAAUCUUGAGGAAAAGUUAUGUAAAGAGGCAGAUACUGUAUGGCGUCAGGAGAAAUCAAAAUUAACAAGUUUAAUUACUGAAAUUGAAGGUAAAAUUAAAAAUGUAAAGGAAAUACAUGAACAUUUAAGUACAGUAACAGAGCAUACUUCAAAACUCCAAUCAUUUCUAGGAGUACAUCAGAUUGAACAAAAAGUUCAUCAAUGUCAAAGGUAUGUUGAAGAUAUUGAAAACAGUGAGAGGGUUUGUGACGUUGACAUCAACAUAAAGCAAAAUGGUGAGGUAGAAAAAAUCCUCAAAGAAUUACAAUCAAUUGAAGCCUUUGGAGACGUGAAUGUUGUUAAAACAAAAAUAUCCAUGAAGAGAAAAACAAUUAUGAGUAGGGAAGCACAAAUAGAAUUACAAGAUCAAUCUAGCAUAGAGAAUAUGACAAUGAAUAUUGAGACAAGAAUACAGAUCAAAACGAAGAAGCAGAUUAGUGACCUAAUUUGUCUAGUGGAUGGAAGAGUUAUAGUAGUGGAACAGUAUGGUAAAGUUAACCUACUUACUUCUGAUGGAAAACUUAAGAAACAGUUACCUAUACCUGGUAAAGCCUGGAGUGUUACACAGAUCAAUCAGGACACUAUUGCAAUAACUUAUCCUCAUGAGACAGCCAUUAAGAUCUUCCAUUUGGAGAAUGAAACAGUCACCAAAGUUAUCAAAUUAAGACAACCAUGCUAUGGAUUAUCAUUCUCUAAUAAUUUUCUGGCUGUAGGUUUGGCUUACUAUGAAAUCCUUAUUAUAGACUUGGAGGGAAUUACACUGAAGACAAUACCAGUUGAGAGUGAAUCAAACCUGUGUUACGUUGUUUAUUGUAACGACAGAGUAAUCUAUAAUGACUUUGAUAGUAAUGCAGUAAACUGUGUAGAUGAAUCGGGUAUACCGAUCUGGCAAUAUAAACAGGAUUUAACAAGACCAUGGGGACUUUGUAUAGAUACCUAUAGUAACAUUAUUGUAGUUGACUUGGAAUCUCUGAGAAUAAUAGUUUUACUACAAGAGGGACAGGUUAUUAAAGAACUGGCAGGACAAGAGGAUAUAGGGUAUCCGCCUUAUUUUAUUUGCUUUAACAAAAAUGAAAAAUCUUCUGGUUUUAUUUGCGAUGUCUAUGGCAAUAACUUAACAAGAUUCAAUAUGUCUUAUGGUUAAAUAUGCACUGAAAAAUGUGAAAACAUUACUUGACUAUGAAAUAACAAUGUAUAAUACAUGUAGUAAAAUUUUAAUUUAGAUUAAUCUUAUGGUAGAAGUCAUAUACGGAGGAAUACACUUAUAUACUAGAAUGUUACAAGUGUGGUUAUCAUGUGUACAAUUUACGAAAAUUCUGUAUAUUUUUUCAUGGACAAUUUUAUUUAUUGUGGAUCUUUAAGAUUGCAAGAAAUUGUGUAACGCAUGUAUGUUUAUAUAAACUAGAGGCUCUCAAGAGCCUGUGUCGCUCA